CGAGCAAUAACGUGCUGUUGCUCUGCUGCCGACGAAACGCAGGCUGCAGACACCUCGCAACGCGGCUCCAGUCGCGCGCGAGCACCGUGGCACGAGGGAACACCCCACGAAGACUGCUCGCAGUUAGUUUGUAGGGGCAGCCCCAAACAAGAAGCCCCGCAACCGCAGCCGUAAGCAAGACCAUGGCCCGUAAAAAGGACCGCAGCCGCAGCCGCAGCAGAGAACCAGAAGGCGAGAGCCUCAUGGACCGCGCGGCGCGUUUAGCUGGAGGCGGCUCGCGGCCGGGCACGGCGUCGAGCGUCGGUUCCGACGACGACUGGCGCGGCGGCGACCGCGAAGCUUUAGAUGCGGCGAGGCAAGCGCGGCGGGAACGGAGCCGGUCAGCUCGGAAAAAGCAGAAGGAGCGGGACGACAAGCAUGCGCCCGUCGAGGAGGCCAAAGAAGAGCCUCCAUCGUCAGAACUGAUGGACAAGCUCCACGCGCCGCUCAAACGAUGCUUGAAGCAACUGAAAGAGGGCGCGGAGAAGGCCGUGGGCAAGCCCGUGCCGUUCGCCGUGGAGACGCAGCUAAACGAUGCCGUUCAAUCGCUGCGAGACAUCUGUUCGUCCUACGAUGGAGUGUGGCGCUCUUGCAUCGCACCUCCAUUACGGGGCAAUGCUUUCGAGGGGCCCUACGAGCAGUUGUUCGGCCAUUUGCAGGAAGAACCUGGGUCGAGUAAAUCGCAGCCGAGGGACCUCGGGUCUACUUACAGGUGGCUAUGUGCCGUGACUGAGUUAACCAUCGGUGCGGAACUACGAGCUUUAAGCAAAUCCUCGGACGCCAAAAAAUAUUUGCUGUGGGACCGCAUCAAGAAGGGCUGUCGAGCUUUAUGUGAAAACGCGCCCAAAAAUUUAGAUAUUUUUGCGAGUCAGGCGGGCCGGAAACUAGAGGACCUAGGCGGUCACCGAGGCAUGACGCGACUCGUGGUGGAGAAUGCUGGGAAAAUACCUCUCAUCGCCGCCAAGUGCCUCGAAGCGUCGCUCAUUGACCCGCCCAAGCUCACAGUAGGAACAAGUGUGGAGUUUGCUAAAGGUGCUGAUGAGAUCUUAAGUAAGGGCUCGGUCGUCGGUGUGUCUGGGAGGACCUGUGAUAUUGAGUGUGACGGCACGACAGUUAAAAACGUCCUCAUCGAUAAAGUGAGAAGGUUUAUAUCUAUACCGGAGAGUAAGGCGGUGGGCGCGCUCCAGAAGUGCGACAUUGUUUUGAGGGUUCUGAAACCAGCAUUAGAAGGUGUGGACGUCGGAGCGUUCGCUUCAUUCGUAAACGGCAAGGCGUCGAUCCCCGAACGACUCAUAGCAGGCACUUCCACACUCGUGACGCGUCUUCACACAUCUUCCGUAAAGGAUGCGCUGACUCUGUUGAGAUUAGUUGACGAGGACUUAGACACCGCCGCCAAAACCUUCGACGCCGCGUCGACAGCUCUGAGUGCCGGCGUCGAGGCCGACGUCCGGCCGGGGACACUGUCAGUUCUACUGGAGUUGGUGAGAGCGGCCAAAACUGCUUCCGACAUCGAAGAGAAGCCUGCUGAGGAAGCUCCGGUGGAAGGUGAUGAAGAGCGGCGCUCCCAGGCCAUCUGUAGUCUGGUGCGGGGGCCGCCUCUGUUAAAACCGCUCGUCGCCGACAUCGUGAAUGGUAAGCUCCAAGCGACGCGCCUCAAACAGCGACUGGAAGCUGCCAAGUCCGAAGCGGCGGCGUUGGGGAACGACGAUUCGAGUUGGGAUACGGUAGAAUUAGCGAAGAAGGUCGAACGAGCUUUAGCUUUGGAAUUGUGGUGCUCGCGGCAACCACCUCUCACCACUUUCUUGAAGGAGGACCCGGCCCACCUACUAAGAGCUCUAUCCUCAUCAAAACACGGUUUGCUAGAUGUCGCUCAAGAUCUGACAUCACCAGGCGCGCCUCUGUGGGCGCCGAUGCGGUGCGCGCGUCUCAGUAGUGCAAUCAUGAACGGUGACGAAGACGACUUCGGGGACCGGGACCUGAAAGUGGGACAGGCUUUGAUGACCGUGACGUGGCCGUUGCCCUCUUCACCUACAACUUCUGGGGAAGAAGCUCGCGCCGCGAUGCUCAAGGCGGAUUCGAUAGUGCGGGGCUGGGCUUUAAGAGCCGUGGAAAACGGAGGCGCGAGAGCGGGUGAUGAUGUGGCGGACCAACUCCAAGAGACGGCGUCACGCUUUGAAUCACGAAGCGGCUCGACAGCCAAAACGGCCGAAAAAUCACAUGCUAUCAAACGAGGCGCGAAGACCGGCACCGAGAAGGCUACUUCAGAAUCGGACUUCUGGAAACUCGUGAGAGUCGCCAAGGCGUCGGUGGCCGUCCGCACGGUCGUGGUCGAGGACGACGAAGAGGCACCGUCUCCAGCAGCGUGGAAGGGCGGGAGCAUGCCCAUCAGUGACGAGGGCGACGCGGCCACGUGCAUGAGUGAACAAGGCGGUCACGUCGUCGGCUCGCAGCCUCUAUCAUCGUCCGUGGAGUUUGAGGUGCUCAUGUGGGGCGGCGGGAGAUUAGGUGUUUUUGAAGGCAGUGAACCUACGACCCUGGAAGCGGGCUACUUCGACGACCAGGGAUGGGGGUUAGGAGAGGGCGGUGUUCAUAGGAAGGGCAAGGUGUUGCGAGGGGUAGAAGGCUUCGAGCUCAAGUCGGGAGACAAGGUCACGGUGACCCACGAGGCUUCUCAAAAAAUCCUGACGUGGAAGGUGAACGGCGAGGACAUGUUGAAGUUGGCGUGUCGGAAGGUCAACGGGCCUGUCGUACCGUGUGCUGCUCUACUCCAAGGUUCUGUGGUGCGCCUGACGUACCCUACUCCUGCUCAAGUUCAGAAACCUACAGAUCUGGAGGGAGCCGCCAAGGCCGCGUAUGCGUUAGAUCAGAAAACAUCCCAGGUGCUGCUAGCUUUGGAAGCGCAGAGCGAGAGAAAUGAGGCGAUGGAGCAACUGUGUCGGAGCGUCAAGGAGGCGGUGGCCAAGACCGACUACGAUAGUGCUAUAUCUUUCAGUCGUAAGGUCGACGGUUUGGAAGCAUGUUGUCAUUGGCUCGAGGACGAGCUCGAGGGCGAAGCGAACGGGCCGCAGUUCGCGCUCUGUAAAAGGGCAGCCCCGGAGCCCGCGUUCCGCGGCUACGCGAUUCGCAGCGCGCGGUGCCGCGAGAACAGUGUGGUAACUGAAGAGGGAGAUGACUCACCGACGAAAGUCGAGCUGCGGUGGCGAGCGCUAUGUCGGGCCCAGGUCCGCGUGGCGCGCUUGGAGACGUUGAUCCAAGAAAAGUUUUCCGAGGAAGCCACUGAGAGAGAAUUGGAGGGCGUCGAGGAGGAACAAGAAGAGGAAGAAGAGCAAGCCACGCCGCGCGUCGACGCCUACGUCGAAUUCAGUCGGGAGUGCGGCCUGCCGCGGCCCUCCGUGAACGAGGCCGCGGCGCUAGCGGCGCGGUUCGGAAGAGGCUGGCUCCGCCUGAAGAAGGCGUGUGGGAGCGUCCGAAACGCCGAGACGGCGCUCCUGUUCCCGAAGGACCCCAUCCAAUUGCCCCGUAAAGAGGUAGAGGACGAGGAAGAAGAGGAGUCAGAACAGCCGCUCGAGGCCUCGACGGACCCGGACCACGUCUGGGGCCCGCCCGAAGCCCAAGUCAUCAAAGCGCCGAAGAGCGCGCGCAAACAGACUGCUUCGUUAACAGCGGUCUGGGCCGACCUCGCGCCCUUGCUAUGUUGUCGCAGCGACGAGCCGCUCGACACCGAGGCCAUCGCCUCUGUCGUGGAUGAGGCCCUCCAAACUACACAAUGUGCGGCCUUCGACGUCAUGAACGCUCUGUCUGCCGUCACUGGCGACGUGCAAGCGACGACUAACUCAAAGCCAGGCUGGCGGCCAAACGGGAAAUUGGAUUUACACAGAGACUCGUCGGCGGCGGCGAGGAGCCGGGGCGAAGGCACUCGUCAUGACGAGGAGGAGACGAGACAGCAGACGCCCUGCGAGCGGAUUGCGGAGCUGGGUCUGGCGAAGGCGAUCCGACAACACUCGCGCUUCGCUCUGAGUGGAGACGCCUUCGCGGCGCACGUUUCGAAAGUGAUGGGUUGUGAGAGUGAAGAUGCUGAUUCUCUACAGCAAUUAGCCGACGACUGGGACUAUGGGAAUGUGCCCGAUCCUUUGGUGAGGGCAUUACGGAGGGCCGGUUUUGUGGACGCUGAUGACAGCUCAGAGCCAUCGUCCGGGAACGCUUUGGAAGCGCCCUUGGUGAACGGUGAAAUGAAUAAAGUGUUGUCCUUUGAUGAUUUCCAUGCUGCUUUGGCCUCGGAGCGCUUCGGAUGUGUACAAGCGCCCGAUUCACUCAAGAAGUUAAUUGAAGCGCGGUUCCGGCCUUCUAGCAAGGCCCAGGGGAUCGUCGUCGGUGCUUUUUUGGACUGGAUUCUGCCGAGGGGUACGGGCUUGCCGCUGCAAGUCAACGACGAAGUCGUGACAGUGGACGCGCGCGGCACGGUGGGAGACGCUCGUUUAAGGAUCUCCCGCAACGAAGGCACGCUGAAAUGCGACGGGAGUAUUGUACCGAAAUCAGGAGACCACCGGGCGGCGUUCCUCGUCUUCACGUCCGAUGAUAUCGAGUUUGUAGAGCGCACGAAGACGACGACGAGGUCACACGGCUUCAUCCGGAGACCGCCCCCGCGCACGAAGGAGGCCAUGGACCACGCCUGGAAUAAUAGAGAUCUGAAAAAACCUCAUCAUUGGUCGAAGCUGUGCAUCGCCGCAUUUCUGAAGCGCAAGGGGUAUGAUGAUGAGCUCAUUGAGGCCUUUGAAGAGAGAGCCGUGGAUGGUUAUAUGUUAUUUGGGAGAGGCAAGGAGUCGGUCGCUUCUUUAGCAUCAUUGGAGGCGUGGGGUGCUGACGACCCGGAGCCGUUGCGAACUGACCUGAUCAAGGUAAGAUUAUUAGCGGAAGGGCACAACGACCCGACGGAACGAGCGAAAGUGCUCCAAGAGUGCGGCUACGACCUAAGUAGGCGGAACGGCGACGUCGUCGAGCAAGCUCAUAGUGGCGUGUCUGAGAAAGUACAGGAGCGGCGGGCUGUCCAGAGAGCCGUGGACAAGCUGAAGAUCGCGUCGCGCGAGACGCCUUUAGAACCGACGUUCAAGAACACGGCCAUGGCGCGCGUGAAGGAAAUUGUUGAUGGGGAAGAUGCGGAGACCGUCGGCGCGCUGCGCGAACUCGCCGAGGACUGGCUGAAGUCGAGGAUGCCCAAGCCCAAGAAGGUCGCGCGGCGAUUGCCGAGGCGGCCGAAGCGCGGCGUGCUCGUUUCUGCGGCGCCGGUGAAGCCUCAGCCUCCAGCGCCGGCGCCGCGGCCGCCCGACGAGGCGCAACGCGGCGUCGCCGGAUUAUUUUCGUUUGCGGCAGCUAGACAGGCCUUCCGCCAGUACUCCGGUGAUGGUUUGACGGGUGUUCACGACGCGACGUGGCGCGACGCCUGUAGAGCUGUCUCCGAAUUAGUGGACGAGUCCGGCGACGCGACGCCCGUCUUCCUCGCCGAGUUCACCAGUCAGUUGGAGCUUGAUUUGGGUGCGGACGUGCGGCGGCCGGUCGUGGACAUGGAUGAGCCGAUCUGGUAAGUACUAGUAC